ACACCGCCGCGUUGCGUUCCUUUGCCGGCGCUCUGGACCCGGCGGCGUUUACUGCGGGUCCUGAAGUUGCCACUUUGGCUGCUCUGGCACGCCUGGCGUUGGGUGGGCGGCAUCUCUGCGCCCACAUGAACCAGCAUUAUGGCCGAUAUGGUCGCGGUCGGGGCCGGGACUUUGCUGCCUGCGCCCCACCCAAGAAGAAGGGCAAAAACCACAUCCCUGAAAGGUGGAAAGACUAUCUCCCAGUUGGGCAACGGAUGCCUGGGACUCGUUUCAUUGCUUUCAAAGUUCCUUUGCAAAAAAAAUUUGAAGCAAAGCUUAUGCCAGAAGAAUACUUCUCCCCUUUGGAUCUUUUUAAUAAAAUUCAAGAACAAAAUGAAGAACUUGGAUUGAUAAUCGAUUUAACAUAUACUCAGCGCUAUUAUAAAGUAGAGGAUUUGCCAGAAACUAUUUCUUACAUAAAAAUUCUUACAGUUGGUCAUCAAGUACCUGAUAAUAACACUAUCUUUCAGUUCAAAUGUGCAGUUAAAGAGUUUUUAAAGAAAAAUAAAAACAAUGACAAACUUAUUGGUGUCCACUGCACCCAUGGCUUAAAUAGGACUGGCUACCUCAUUUGCAGAUAUUUGAUUGAUGUAGAAGGCAUGAGGCCAGAUGAUGCAAUUGAAUUAUUCAACAGGUGCCGGGGGCAUUGCAUAGAAAGGCAGAACUACAUUGAAAAUCUGCAGAAACGUCGUGUCAGAAAGAACCAGAAUGUUAGUGCAUCUAGGUCGGGUGGCCUUGAAGACUCGGCAGAUCUUACGGAACAAGUCCACACCACUAACAAACCCGUGAACAAAAGACCUAGGAAGAACCGACAUGGUCAUCAUGUGGCAUCUUCCCAGUAUUUUCAUACCCAGACCCAGAACUCUCCAUACUCAUUCAGAAAAUGGUCACAAAAUCAGAGUGUUUACCAGAGAGGCUUUGUCCCUCCCCCUGGUCCUUCUGGAGAGGACUAUUCACAAAGAAGAUUCUUCUGGAGCGCGAGGCCAAGUAAGAAGUGGACUGCUGAUAGUUACCAGAGACCUUACUACCCAGCCUACUGGGAAUGGAACCUGUGAUGCACACUGUGGCUGAACUGUCGUGGGGGCCACCUGACAUCAGAGCUGGACAGAAGACAGCUGGAUGACUUUUAAUAAAAUCAGGUCAAAAAAAAUGAAAAAAAAUUUUUGAACAUUUUUAACUUUUUAAACUGUUUUACUAUUCCUUCAUGUGUGUUAGAUUGCAGGUAAAUUUCCUUCUUUUUACCUCCCGGCUGGUGGACACAGGGGUUUUGGCAGUCCAGAACACCUCCAUUCCGGGCCUCAAUUUUUCUCAAAGAAUUCUGAGUAGAUAAACCAUUACAAACUUGCAAAUGUUUAAUUGCUUUGUGCUUGCCCUGUAUAUUUCCUUUGCUCAUGCUUGAAUUUGUUGUGUAGGUGCCGGGAGAUUCAGUGUUUUACCAUGUUCUUUACUGACAGUCUUUAAGGGUGUCUGUUUUCCAUGACUAUUCAGAUUUUCUACUAAAACUAGCCAGGGGACAGUUCCUUUCUUUCUUUGCACCUGAUCUGUCCUUGUGGGGCUCUGAUCAGUGUUUUUUCCUUGGUGGUCAGUGUUAGGAUUUGACCAGCUUCUUACUGACCUGCCAGGUAAUGCAUCUAACACAGAGAAGUGUAAAAUUUUAGGGAACUGAUUGAUUGCCAAGUUGGGCAAGAAGAAACGAAUUGAUAAAACAAAGUGCUGGUUAAAUUGUAAUUUCCCUGACAAGGUAACUGCCACCAACUGGGUAGAACCAUCCAGAAGGCUAGAAAACCUCUGUAGAAAUUAAAGGUUACACAGACAUCCUUGGCUCUCUGGCCCUGAGGACCGAUUCAGGAUCUCUGUCCACUGGCCUCCCACACUAGAAUGGUGCUUUUUCUCUAGAACACACUUGAGGCUAAUGGAGGUGCUAAUUAUUUCACCUUAGAGCUCACUCAGGAAGUUGCUCUUCAUAACACAUUGUAGUCCACAGUUUGGUGAAGGACGAGGCAAUUUGGCUUCUAUCUUUUAAGCCUCUAAUCUUAAGGAUUGUAAAACUGACCAGCUCAUGCUAUGAACAGUAGUUCUUUUCUCUCUCGUGCACCAUCAUGUGGAGGGAGCCUCUCCCUAAUGGAGUCCCAGCAGUUGAUCUAUUCUGGCCUGCAGCUAAGUUUGCUCAAACUUUAGUCAAGUUGCUCUGCACUCCAGUGAUGGCUCUUAAAAGUUUUUCUCUACCCAUCACAGUAACAGAUUCAAAGUGCUUCUUUCUUCCCCACAAUACACUGGGGCAGUGUAUUGUCCAGUGUAAGAAACUGGAGCAGACAGUUAGGAACCAAAAGAGGGCAAAGCUAGGGCAGGUACAGAAGUGCACCCAGUCUGGAAGGUGUAAAGAACACAUUGGCAAGCCGCCUUGAGGACACUGCCACCUUCAGGAAUUGUUUCUGCUACCUGCCCUGUUCCUCUACCUUUGGAUUGUCAACACCUAGUUAAAACCACCUUUGUCAUCGGCUAACUCAUGACUAACUUCCAUUCUUAGAUACUGGUCCAUGUUACACAAUCCAAAGGCCUAGUGGUAGGACACUUCCUUUUAAAGUUUCUAGUGGUCUAUUUAGUAUUUUUAAAUUACAUGUUUACUUUAGAAACAUACACGAAUAUUUUCUCAGGUAGCUUUCCUGAAGUUUACCGUGGAAAGGCAUCCUCCCUGUUACUUGAUCAUCAGGUCUGAGGUAGCCAGCCUAAGGACUUCUGCCUUAUUCUAUGUAUUUUCCUCUAUUUUUUAAUACUCUUACAAAUCACCAUUGCUUGAUUUUCCAAUUUCUGAUAAUAUGCAUUGAUGAAUUCUUCCUUUGGCAAAUGAGGAUUUAGCUUUCAGCCUACCCACUUGCUGGCUCCACAGCUGAUGAAAUUACUAGAUGAGUGUUAGUCAUCUCAAGCCGUCCUAUCCCAUGACUGUGGGUUCUUUUAUGCCUUCCCCUUUCCUUGAUGUUUUUGCCUCAUUCAUUUGGCCAUUUUCUGUUGAUUAUGUCACAGAUUCAUCCUCUGUCUCUGAUAGCAUUAUAAACUGUCUCUGUAAGUGAUGCACCCUUUUGAUUUAACUCCUUUUCUGGGGGUUCUUACAAUGUUCCAGUUAGGUGCCAAGUCCAGUUGGUAGAGCUGCCAUGGUAGAGUAUCAUAGACUAAGGGAUAUAAUCUAUAGGAAUUUUUUGUUUCUCAUAAUUCUAGAGGCUGGGAAGGAUUGAAGCAGCAAGAAUUUCUUUUUGUAGAUGACUGGUACUUCACAGACAUCCAUGGAUGAACUUUCUAGAAAGCUUCCCUCAAGCCUACCCCGGGGAGUGAUCUCUCUUUCUACAGUGUACUUUGUGUACACUGUAUUAAAAUCCUACUUCAGGUUCUGUGCCACCAUUUCAAGUAGCACAGUAUGACAGCGCAUUUGUACAGGGAAGGAUAAACCCUUUGCCUUUGCAAAUGAGUCUUAAAAUUCCCAAGCUAAAUCUUUAAUCCCAGCACUUGAGAGGCAGAGGCGGGCAGAUCUCUGAAUUCCAGACCAGCUUGGUCUACAGAGAGAGAUCCAGGACAGCCAGAGCUACAGAGAGAAACGUUAGCAUGAAAAUGCAAAAAAGAAAAAUUCCCAGCCAAGUGAGAUGCAUGUACUCUGGUUGUAUGUGUGGUACCUCUGGCCCACCGCACCAUGUUCUUUCUUUUUUUUUUUUAAUAUAAUAUAACCCCACUUUCAACUAAAGGGGGAUGGAACACGGUAGGCCAUGGCAUCUGGCUCCCUGAGCUGCUGCCAGAGGGUGAGGUGGCUAAUCCAUUCCCUCUGCAGAAGACAGGAGAUGCCUAGCAAGCAAACAUCCUUCCUGUUCUGCUGUAGGUUACUCGCAGUUUCAUCUAAGCCUUCCAGAGAAAGUCCAGACUGAGACUGUCAUGCCAGGGAGGCUGGUGUCUGCUUGACUUACGAAAGCAGGGCAGCACAUUGUAUCACAUGGCUUUGCUGUUCCCUGCUGAAGGCCUUUCCUCACCACUCUAUGUGUACACCAAAGAAAGUACCAGUGAUAGGGGACCUCAAAUGUUUUAUAGACCUGGCAGUCAUGUGCUCUUAAUGGUUUGACUUUACAUGUGGUUGAUACACCUGGUCUCUUACUGACUUGACAUACUAGAAAAACUUGGAGCCUUUGAGAAUACCAGUCAGUUAUUUUGAGGUAACGAUUUAUCAAAAAUUAAGGUUUUAUUUGAGGUUAUAUUUGCAUGACAUAGGGAUAAGUUUUAGAAUCUGGGUUAAGAUUAUAUUCAGUUUAACAACAAGGACAGUUGUGACUGCUUAUGCAAGUCCCAUCUCACAGCAUAACACUCUAUCAUGCAUUCUGAGCCAGCUGUCAUAUGCUAUAUAAUGGUGUCCCUUGAUUCUGUAGGAAGAAGGUAGCUCUGAGAUAACAUUUUUUUUUUUUAAGAAAACUAAAAUUCUUUUCCUGACCAAGGAACCCCAAACUCGACCCUCCCAGCCCCCUCUGAUCACAGCUCCUCCCAUCAGCCCAGCCCCUGGCAGCUCUGAUCAUGUUUUUCUCUUACCCUUUCUAAAUUGUUGUGCAGGUGAAAUUAGGAUAUAGACUUCAGAGUGGGGUUUCUCAUUUGGCUACUGGCUUUAAGGUCUGUUACAGAAUGGAUCAGCUGGUCAUUCUUCCCUGUUACUGAAUUGCCCUCAUAUAUGGUUGUCUUGCACUUUGCUUAAUGGACCAGUUAAAAGAUAGUUAGGUUAUCUGUAGUUUUUUUUUUUAAUUUAAAUUUUAAAUAUAAAAUUUUUAUAUAACAUUUUAUGUAAACAUCUUCCCUUCCCCCUCCCUUUGGAGUGGAAUGCUGCCAUGUAUGUCUAACUUUAUAAUAAAUUAUCAAACUUUCCCAAA